AUGUCCGACCCGAAAUUGCCCCACGACGCGACCUUUGAUCGUACCAUCACCAAUGACCGUGCUAGCGUGACCGCCUCCGCCAACGGAGGGGGCUAUCGUGGAGGCGAGGGAUUCAGGCGUGUCGUGACUCCCGGCGGAUCGCCCGAGGAUAAUUCUCAGCCCGCUUUCCCAGUAUUCCACCGAAAGUUUGGUAACCCUGCCCCCCUUGGUCUUCUCAGUUUCGCUGCGACCACAUUCUUGCUUUCUCUGCUGAACAUUGGCACCCGAGGCAUCACUGUGCACAACGUCAUUCUCGGUAUGGCUAUGGGCUACGGCGGUCUUUCCCAGAUCAUUGUCGGUAUCGAAGAGUGGGCUUGUGGUAACACCUUUGGUGCCACUGCGUUUUGCUCUUACGGUGGUUUCUGGAUCUCCUUCGGCAUCCUUUACAUUCCUCAGUUCGCGGUUCUCGAGUCUUACACGGACCCCACUAUGCUUGACGAUGCCUUGGGUCUCUACCUCGUCACCUGGGCUCUCGUCACCGUGGUCUUUGUCCUUGCAUCUCUCCGAUCGUCCAUCGCUCUUAUCUCUGUCUUUGUCUGCCUCGACAUCACUUUCUGGUUGCUGGCUGCUGGCUAUCUCGCGCCAAGCACCAAGUGUACCACCGCUGGAGGUGCUUUCGGUAUUAUGACUGCCGCCGCGGCUGCCUACACCGCUCUGGCCGGCAUGCUUACCAAAGACACGAGCUACUUCCUUCUUCCUAUUGGCGACCUCAGUCGUUAA